AUGAGACCUCUCUGGACUGUGAAAGCUCAGUCAGUAUGGACAGGCUUUGUCCUCUUCAUCUGCAUUAUCCUCCAUGGUUGUAAAUGCGAUUUUCGAUAUUCCAUUCCGGAGGAAAUGCAACGCGGCUCCGUAGUCGGGAAGAUUACUCAAGAUUUGGGAAUUGACACAAAAUCGCUUUCUGCUCGUAAACCGAGACUGGAUUUCGAAGGUAGCAAACGCUAUUGUGAGUUUAACUCGCGGACCGGAGAGCUGACUGUGAACGAAAGAAUGGACCGAGAGGUGAUGUGUGGCCAGAGACCGUCGUGUGCGGUGCAUUUUGAUUUGUUUCUCGAAAACCCACUAGAAUUUCACCGCAUAACACUGGACAUACAGGAUAUUAAUGACAACUCCCCAAAGUUCAGGAACGAUGUGAUUAAUUUGGAAAUACGGGAAUCGGUUGUUAAAGGAGCACGGUUUUCUAUUGAUGAGGCACAUGACGCAGACACAGGGGUGAAUUCUGUGCAGGGCUACACUCUCUCGAACAAUGAACAUUUCUCACUCGCUGUUCAUAGCAGCACAGACCGGGGCAAGUACAGUGAAAUUGUCCUUGAGAAUGAGCUCGAUCGAGAAAAACAGGACCACCUUUCUUUAAUUCUAUCCGCUUAUGAUGGAGGGACUCCCAAGAGGAGCGGGUCAGUGAUUAUAAAUGUAAAAGUGCUCGAUGCGAAUGACAACGUCCCUGUGUUUACGCAGCCUGUGUAUGAGCUGAACCAUUAG